CCCGGCGCCGUCUCCCUCAGUACACAAACAUCAGUGAUGGAGGAGGGACAUCAUUCACUCUCCUCCAGACAUAUUCACUUGCUGGAUUAACCACUCCACCUUAUUGCGACUGUCCCAUCUGACUUCCCCAAUAAGGAAAGAGAGAUAGAGAGGACGAAAGCGGGCGUGAGGAGGCGAGGAUGGGCGUGGUGGAGGUGGGGGUGAGGGUGGUGCGGGGCCCGGACUGGAAGUGGGGGGAGCAGGAUGGUGGUGCAGGCCACGCAGGCACCGUGGUGGAGGUGGGCAGGCCGGGCUCCUCCACCACCCCUGACCGCACCGUAGUGGUCCAGUGGGACGCCGGGGCGCGCACCAACUACCGCGUGGGCUACCAGGCCGCCCAUGACCUCAGGCUCCUUGAUAAUGCUCCCAUAGGAGUGAAGCAUCCCAACCACAUCUGUGAUGGGUGCAAGCGACAGGCCAUCGCUGGUGUGCGAUGGAAGUGCAGCUCUUGCUUUGAUUACGACCUCUGUACCACCUGCUACAUGGCUGACAAGCACGAUCUCGCCCACCCCUUCAUCAGAUAUGAAACAGUCACGUCUAAAGGAGUUGAGGUGAGCCAAAGAAAGAAUGCUGAGAAAAUUCCUCUGCAAGGUAUUUUUGUUGGAGCCAAAGUCAUUAGAGGACCAGACUGGGAUUGGGGUAAUCAAGAUGGUGGUGAAGGUAAAUGUGGCAGAGUUACUGAGAUUCGAGGAUGGGAUAAUGAAUCGGGAAGAUCGGUAGCCAACGUAACUUGGAUCUGUGGGUCAACCAAUGUAUAUAGAGUUGGGCAUAAAGGAAAAGUUGAUCUGAAAGUUCUUUGGGCAGCUACAAAUGGUCACAUUUACCUCCAACAUCUCCCUGUACUUGGUAAACAAGAAGAAUCUGGCAGCAGUGCUGAAGUUGGAGUUCCUACUUCUCCUCGCCAUCUUCCAUUUUCUGUAGGAGAACGGGUACGAGUGGUAGUAACGGUAGAUGAGCUACGCACAAUGCAGGAGGGCCAUGGCGGCUGGAAUCAUAAAAUGGCUGAGUUCCUCGACAAAGUGGGCAUCGUUCAUCGCAUAACAGACAAAGGAGAUGUUCGUGUGCAGUAUGAAGGAUAUACAACUCGGUGGACCAUUCAUCCUAGAGCAUUGGCACGUGUCACAUCCUAUGCCCCGGGCGAUGUGGUUACUGUUAUAACAGAUGUUUCAAAAGUAAAAGAAUACCAAAAAGGUCAUGGUGAAUGGAUUGAAUAUAUGAAAAGUGCACUUGGGAAGACUGGAGUAGUGGCAAGAGUCUAUCCCGAUGGUGAUCUGCGAGUAAAUGUUGAAGGAAAGACUUGGACAUUUAACCCCCAGUGUGUGACUAUUGCUCCUCGCAGUGCCGAGUACAACAACACCAUGAGGGCCAAUGAGCGGCAGGAGCACCCUAGUGAGUCUGCAGGAGGUGGAAAUGGUCCCCUAGCAUCACUCUUGCAUCAACUGCUUGAUACAGAGCAGGACAGCUCAGUAGUGGACCAGCUUGUGAGGGAGGCCGCGCAAGGGCACACACAGGCCGUCUCUCACCUCCUUGCCAAACACCCAGAUAAGGUAGAUGGACGAAGCACUGGUAAAACGUGUCUGCAAGUGGCAUGCCAUCAGGGUCACAUGGAUAUUGUACGACUCUUGCUUGACCAUAAGGCUUCAUUAGAUAUUGCUGAUGAUGACGGAGAUUUAGCUUUGCAUUAUGCAGCCUUUGGGAACCAGCCAGAAAUCAUGGAGUUGUUGCUAAGAAAAAAUGCAUCAAUCAAUGUAGUCAACAAAGGCAGAUGUUCUGCCUUGCACGUUGCUGUCAACAAACAACAUGCUGCUUGUGUCAAAGUGCUUCUCAAAUACAACUGUGAUGUAAAUGUACAGGAUUCGUAUGGUGACACUGCAUUGCAUGAUGCAAUAGGUAAAGAUAGUAUAGAAAUUUUAGAGUUGCUUGGCAACUCGCCGCACCUGGACCUGGCACUACGAAACAAGCGAGGGUUCAACGUCCUUCAUCAUGCAGCACUAAAGGGCAACAACUUUGCUGCUGAGAAGCUAGUGUUGCGUUCAAGACAGUUUGUAGACGUUCGGAAAGAGGAUGGCUUUGCAGCACUCCACUUGGCUGCACUCAAUGGCCACCGACAAGUGGCCGAGACAUUAAUCACACUUGGACAAGCAGGUGUUGACAUUACUAAUAAUAAAAAACAAACUCCACUUCUCCUGGCUGUGUCACAGGGUCACUGUGGUGUGGUGGAGCUGCUGGUGGACAAUAAUGCAGACAUUCGGGCAUGUGACGAGGACGGUGAUACGGCACUGCACUUGGCUCUUCUCAAGAACUCGACCACCCCGCAGUCUCUCCCAACUCACGCUCCCACCAUUACUCAGAUUCUAACAGACAUCGCCAAACGUGGGUUUGAAAAUAAAGUUUUGCUGGCUCUUGCUUGCUACCUUGCCAAGAAAGGCUGCAGUGUGACCGUUGCAAAUAUCCGCUCUAAGACGCCGCUGGAUCUCAUCAAUGAUACCAAUACUAUAGACCUUCUGCAAAGCUAUACAACUCAGGCUAGCGGAGGCAGCAUGGCUCGUGUUGAUAUGGAUCUCAAAGCAUUAGACUUGGCUGCAGAGAGCAUUCGACAUAGAGAACUAGACAGUCCUUCCCCAGAUAACACAAGUCUGUCAAUGCAGUGCAAGCCACAGUCCCACUCCCAGCCUGUAAGUCCAUCUAAGGAUCCAGAGGACCUAGCCAAGUUAAUAUCAGCACCCCAGCCACUAAAUGACUGUAAUGUGGAAAAGGCUGAAGAAAGUACCGUUGAUUGUUCGAUCUGUUUAGAAUGUCCCUCAAAUAUAAUUUUCCAACCCUGCGGACAUUGCGUCACCUGUGAAGACUGCUCCAGUAGAGUCAAAAAAUGCUUCCAGUGUCACUCUGUUGUAGUCUCAAAACUAACAAAAGAUGGAAGGACAAUUUCAAGCAAGUCUAGACAACCUUCAGCUGAGAGAUUGAGGUAUUUGGAAACCAAGAUUGCAGAGAUAGAGGAAGCUCAUUGCUGCAGUAUCUGUAUGGAACGUCGACGUAAUGUUGCAUUUUUGUGUGGUCACGGUGCUUGUGUUGUAUGCGCUCAUACUCUCAAAACGUGCCACAUGUGUCGUAAACCAAUAUCCAAGAAAAUUAAUCUCUAUUAAUUUAGGUCGUAUGGAUUAUUGAGAUUAUGCAUUUUCAUUAUUUACACAGUGAAAUGAAAUGGGAUAUGAUUGGAACUCGUCUCGUAAAAAAGUAAUCGGUGGGUAGUGCAGUGCUUUUUGUAAUGUGCACUUUGGACCAGGCCGUUAUAUACUGCCUUAGAACAUAGCUGCUGUUUAAUUCAAACUUUUAUCUCAUUUUUGUAUAAUAUGAAAUAUGGGAAGGCAUUACAUAUACCGGUGAGUAUGAAGCAUGGUGCCGUGGUGCUAAAAUAACUUGUGAAAAUGAGAUGACAUUAUUCAUGAUAAAAAAAAAAAAGAGCACUAAACAGACACCAUAUCAGGUAUCUUUUAUGAGUAAUAUGUUUGUGUUAUUAGUAACAUAUGUGCUUAAAAUUUGGACAGUGAUUUUUAGUGGAAAGAUAUGGAGAACAUUGGUGAUAUUAAGAGUAGGUAACAUAGAAACCAUUUCUUGUCAGUACCUUGUAAGACCAUAAUGGGCAGUACCCUGUAUGUAAAUAUUUACCUUGUCAAGAGAAGGGUGUUCAUUUCCUGUGUUGAAACUGUGUUUUGUGUGAAGUAUAUCAUUUUUGUCUUUAUAUUCAUCCUUGGAAAAACAAUGAGCGAUCUGAAAAAUAUCCAUGACACUUUUUAAAGUUUUACCAUCUGUGGCAAAAUAUUUUAACAAUAAUUUUAUGUGGUAAUGAUUUUAAAAACCUCAGGGCAUUGGUAAGUAGAAAUUCCUAUACUUUCCUAAAUAUUUCUGUGCACUCUCUGACUAAGGCUUAGGCUACAGAUGCUUUUAAUUUUCAUCACAAUAUUUAGGUUUGGUUCUGAGGAAUUCAAGAUUUAUAAUUUAUUGGAUGGAUGAGUGCUGUGUAUUUUUUUUUAUUACUGAAUAUGAUUGACUCAAUAUACAAUUUUUUUUUAAUUAAAAUAAAUAUUAGCUGCACAAUCUGCAAGUUAUUUAGUGAAAUUAUGCGAGUCAGGGUGGAUUAGAUAAAUAAGGCCUAUACUGUAUUUCUUGUAGUAGAAUAAAUAUUAUACAAAUACUAUUUCAUGUGUGUGUUAAGAUCAGCAAAAUAUGCUACACACUUAAAAUUCUUAUCAUUUGUCAAAAAUUUACUAAUUUCGUUAAGUGAGAAAUUAGUGUCUUAGAACUUGUUAUAGUGAGAGCAAGCAGCCACUCAUUGCUUAAUCCCCAUCAUCUCACCAACACCUUAUUUCUUUAUCAAGAACGAUGACGUUGAAAUUUAGAAGUGUUGCACACCUGUUUAUUCUGUACGUUCAUGCUGUAGAGUGUGCAAAAAUAUUGCCACCAUAACAAAUGACUUUUGAGUUUGUCAAUCAUGCUCGAAUGGGAGAAGAACUGGGAGUGGUAAGAACGUGUUUAUAGCAGCAGGCGCAAGACCUUCCACUUCUCUAUAGUAGUCAUCCGUGCACACUUAUUUUGCUGUAUCCUUUUACUUUUUAUAUCAAUGAAACCUAAGACACCAAAGAAUAAAAUUUUGCAACUCCCGUCAUAUGAAAUUUACGGUUAUGGGAAUCUUUAUAGUUUUUAUUAUAUACAUUUUUCAAAUCAAAAUCUAGAGCUUUAUUUUAAAAAUGUUAAAUAUAACUGUCAUAUUGCAGUAAGCAGAGUGGUAUUUUUAAAAGGAAGUUAGCAAGUAAGCCUAAGCUCCCGUCGAAAUGCAGAUACUGUGCUGAUAAAUUUUAAAACGUUAUUUUUAUAAUUCGUUCAGAGGCUUUUUAGAAACUGCACACAAAAACAUAAAAAAUUUAGGACCAUUUCUCUUUGAGAAUUUUAACAAUAUUCAUACAUAAAAUAAGGAAAGUUUGAAUGCCAAUGUACUAAGUUGCUACUCAGUGCUAUUCUGGUGCUGUUAUUAUAGCCAAUAAACAGUAUUGUUAAUGUCUAGAAAUGUAGAUUUUUCUGUAAUUCUAUAAAGUGCAAAUAUAUGUUCUAAUUAAGACACAAGGAAGACUUCACAAUAAAAACUGUACUACAACUAGUUUCAGAUAAGCUCAGUAAUUUGAUUUUAUUUAAAUAAAUAUUAAAACUCGA